AUGGUCGAUGAUGCUGCGCCCGAUACCCUCCCAGGCCGAUCGAUCCCUCCACCAGAUGGUCAAGAGGAUGGUGGAGGGGCCCCAGAGCUGUCGCUGCCCGCGGGUGACUCGAUUACACGAGGUGCCCAAAGGCGACGACGCCGCAAGCAUCGAAAGAUCAACAUUGGCCUUGCGAGAAAGUUCGACCUUAUGACCAAGUUGCUGCAGAAUCUCGAUGCUCUGGUAUACGCGGAACUUUGCACACUGUAUUAUAUGGAGUGUUCGAUAUUCCGCUUCGCUGUCCGCGUAUAUGGUCAACAUCACUGGCUUACGCCUAAGCCCCAUGACUACCCCUUAACGAUGGAGGCCCCGCGCUCGCAGGUCAUUUCAGUAUUCGUUCCGAACCUCAUAUGCAUUCUCCUGCACAUAUUCUCAGCCUUACCCACUGCCGGUGAGGCAGCCAGAGGUUAUCUUCAUGGCGGUGUUAUCGUCGACUUCAUUGGACAGAAGCCACCAACCUCGAAACUCACAUUCUUGGCUCUGGACCUCAUCAUCUUAGCUGUCCAAUGUCUGAUGCUAGCCGUCCAUUCUGAGCGAGAGAAGCUGCGACCGCUUGUACAGCCUUUCUGGCCUCAAGUUUUAGGAGGACAAAACACAGCAACAUCGACCCAAGAUCACGACGCCGAAGAAAGGGGCGUACACAGGGAUGCACCCGGAUUAGAAGAGGAGGGCACUGAGAGCAUAGAAUUACAGCCCCUAAGACCCAACCGGUAUGUGGAGGCCAGCAAUGAAGGAGAGAGGAGCCGAGACAGCAGUCGAUCUUCUCGCUGGGUUCGCUCGCUGAACGGGAAUCAUCUCUUCGACGUGCUCACUUCAGGGAAUGGGGUUCUCGGCGAAUUUCACAUUUCUCACACGAUUAGGAACGCCACCACAGACUUUCGCGGAGCAGCAGGGCAUUCACUACAAACCUUGGGUUAUACUGCUGCGUUAACUAGGCUCUCGGCGAUGAGGAGAAUGCCCCGUUUAGAACGCAAUCAGAGGAAUCAAAGAUAG